AUGGCGACUGUUUCGGAUGUUUCAAAAGUCAUCUCAAACAUUUUAGUUCCACUUUCUUUUUCAAUUAAACCCAAACAAUUAGAAGCUGUGGUAAAUAUUUUAAAUGGAGUCGAUACCUUGUGUAUUUUUCCAACGUGUUAUGGUAAAAGUUUAAUCUACCAACUUUUACCAAGUGUGUGUUUGGAGUUAAAUAUAGCACCUUCACCACUUGUUUUAGUCGUUUCUCCUCUUAUUUCUUUAAUCCAAGAUCAAGUUUCAUCUGCAAAUUCGUUAAGUGCGUUAGGAUUAAAGGCUUCCAAACUAGAUUGCGAUGAUUAUGGGGAUAUUAUAUCUGGCAAUUUCAAUAUUUUGAUUGGCACACCUGAAUCUUGGCUUAAUAAUGCCAGGUGGAGACAGUUUCUCUCAUCUAAAUUUGUACUGGACAAUGCUGUUUGCCUUGUUGUGGAUGAAGUACACAAAGUGUCAUGGUAUGGUGUUUUUAUUAUUGGUGCCCCAAAGCUGCAAAGAAAGCAUUUUCAGAAUGUAUGUUUUGUAUAA